AUGCUGAAGAGAUCAGUGGUGCGGGGAAGGACUGGCCAGAGUCCUGCAGAAAUCCUCAGGAAUCCUCAGAGCUCUGCAGAGUCCUGCCAAGCUCUGCCAAACUCCACAGGACUAGGACAGAGUUUGGCAGGAUUUUUAAAGAGUACUUACAAGAUUAUGGAAAAUUCCAGAUAA